AUGAGUAUGAUCAGGAAUUUUAAAUAUGAUAGAUCAAUACAGAAAUUAGGUCAAUUGUGCAACAGGAGGUCCUUUAGUGUUUCUUUUGGUAGAUUCAUGAUCUUUGAAGGUAAUUCUAGUGAGAUUCAAGGGACUGCUGAAGAAAGAAUGACGAAAGUUUUUGGUGGGAGAUUAAAAGGUGAAGCUCCGGUUUCUACAAGUAGGAUGUUAACUGGAGGUUAUAAGGUUAUUGCUGGUAUCAAAGUUCCUUCAAAACCGGUGGCUCCUGAUAACUGUUGCAUGUCCGGUUGUGUAAAUUGUGUUUGGGAACUUUACAAUGAUGACGUAAGGUUUUGGAGAGGUAAAAGGAAAGAAGCUGUUAAAAAAAUUACAGGAACAAAUGAAAUUUGGCCUACUAAUUGGGACCCUCCUUUGGCUUUGCUUGAAAUGCGUAAUCUUCCAGAACUUCUGAGAAAGGAAAAGUCGAGCCAACUGCAAGAUUCGUUGAAAUCUAAUGUGAACACAGAGUCGCUGUUUCCUAAGAGACAAUCUCCACUGCCUGCCAGUGUUUUGGCGGCAAAGAAAAGACAUCAGUUGGAAAGGUUGCAUAGCAAAGAAAAAAAAUUAUACCUAGAGCAAGAUGAUGGCUGGAAUGAUAUUCCUGUUUAUAUAAAAGUCUUCUCGGAGUUUGAAAGGCAAAACAAAUUAAAAAAGCAGAAGAAAAAACUGGAGAACUUAAAACAAGAAAUUACCAUGUAA